UUUCUCUGCCAUCCACUUGAAAUUGAUUCGGUGCGGGUUUGACUCACUGGCCUUUAUCUUUGGGGAGUUUUUUUUUUUCCACAGCAAUUUGUAAAGGAAAUGCGCCCUCCGAAAAUCUACCUCUAAGUGUCGGAAUGAAUAAUGCCCUCGUCGCCAACGCAUCGUUUUAACCCUUUAUAUCCUAUCCGCGCUUAAACUUAUCGUUUGGAAAAGAAUUGUUCUGGGAAGCGCAUAACAUCUGCCUUCGCGAGUCUGAUGUUGUCACCGAAUCAAGACGAACAUGCCCACUCUAAAGAUCCGGUGAAAUACGGAGAAUUGGUGAUUCUUGGGUAUAAUGGCUCACUGCCGGGGGGUGACCGAGGCCGCAAGAAGAGCCGCUUCGCUCUCUACAGGAGGGCCAAAGCCAACGGAGUCAGGCCCAGCACUGUGCACAUCCUCACCAACCCACAGGACAGCAAGGCGAUCAACACUCAUGGCCGCCAAAGCAGCCCCUUAACACUGUCCCCAAACCAGGCGGUCAACAGCAAGGGCCACCACAGCAUUUCCUUCACGCUGUCUCGGAACCAGACGGUGGUGGUGGAGUACUGCCAUGACCCGGACACCGACAUGUUCCAGAUCGGUCGCUCCACUGAAAGCCCCAUUGACUUUGUGGUGACGGACACCACGGGGGGCUCCAAGGAGACGGAGGACUCGUCCGUGUCCCCCAGCACCAUCUCCCGCUUCGCCUGUCGGGUGGUGUGCCAACGCCACCCCCCCUACACCGCCCGCAUCUACGCCGCCGGCUUCGACUCCUCCAAGAACAUCUUCCUCGGGGAGAAAGCCACCAAGUGGAAGAACCCCGACGGUCACAUGGACGGGCUGACGACCAAUGGCGUGCUGGUGAUGCACCCCGAGGGUUUCCCUGACGACUCCAAGCAGGGGGCGUGGCGCGAGAUCUCAGUGUGCGGAGACGUGUACUCACUGAGGGAGACCCGCUCUGGACCCGUGCGAGGACAGCUGGCUUCGGGGGAGAGCAGCGCCCUGCAGGACGGAUCCCUGGUGGACCUGUGCGGCGCCACCCUGCUGUGGCGCACGGCCGAGGGGCUGCUGCGGGCACCCACCCUGCGCCACCUGGACGCGCUGCGGCUGGAGCUGAACGCCGGCCGCCCGCAGUGCCCCGUGGGCCUCAACACGCUGGCCUUUCCCAGCCUGCCCCGCAGCCACAGCCUGGAGGAGCGCCAGCCCUGGGUCUACCUGGCCUGCAACCACGUGCAUGGCCACCACGACUGGGGCCAGCGGCCCGAGCGCCACCGCGAGGAAGGGGGCGGCGAGGAGGGCGGUGGCGUGGGGGGGAACCGCGAGUGCCCGCUGUGCCGGUCGGUGGGGCCGUACGUGCCGCUGUGGCUGGGGAGCGAGCCGGCGCUGUACGUGGACGCCGGCGCCCCCACGCACACCUUCACCCCCUGCGGGCACGUCUGCUCGGAGCGCACGGCGCGCUACUGGGCCGAGACGCCGCUGCCCCACGGCACCCACGCCUUCCGACCCACCUGCCCCUUCUGCUCCACGCCACUCUCGCCCACCCCCGGAUUCUCCCGCCUGAUCUUCCAGGGCCCCGUCGACUGACCCCCCCACUCCACCCACUCCACCCUGACCCCCCCCCCCUCAACCUGACAGCAGCCGCCUGCGGAGAAGGACUGGCUGAGCUGCCGCCCCCCCCACAGUGAUGUCCCUGAGCCGGCCAGAGGUGUACACACACACACACACACACACACACACACACACUCACUGUCAGGCUCUAUGUGUGGGGUCAGCUUGAGCUGUUAGUUUGGUUUGUUUCGUCGAUGUUUUGUUGAAAGCUGUUUUACCGGACUUGUGCACACCAAGGGACCGUAGCCGAGUCCUCCAGAAAACAGAGCUCCAGUGAGGUCUGUAUUUGGCAUUAAAGCUAUCCGAUCUUAAACCACAGAGCUCCAGUGGGGUCUGUAUUUGGCAUUAAAGCUAUCCGAUAUUAAACCACAGAGCUCCAGUGGGGUCUGUAUUUGGCAUUAAAGCUAUCUGAUAUUAAACCACAGAGCUCCAGUGAGGUCUGUAUUUGGCAUUAAAGCUAUCCGAUAUUAAACCACAGAGCUCCAGUGGGGUCUGUAUUUGGCAUUAAAGCUAUCCGAUAUUAAACCACAGAGCUCCAGUGAGGUCUGUAUUUGGCAUUACAGUUUUCCGAUCUAAAACCAGAAAGUAAACGCAAUUUAUGACCGCUGGUGGAUCCAAAUGAUCCCAAGAUGAAUAACUCACUGUUAAAGUAGUAUUAACUAACAUGCAAUGCUCUUGAAAAUACUAACACUAGACCCCUGCGUGACCAUUGGCGAUGCCUGGAUGCUCUACAAGCCAAGUUCUCACGGGUUCAGACCAACGAAACAGACCAAAUCUGAAACAAGCCUUAAGCAUGACCUCCUGGUUCAGUAACUGCUCGUAGAUGUCAGGCUCUUGGCUGGAUGCAUCCACCAGGGCUUUGCCUCCCAAAAGCUGGUCUGUGUUUCCACCAUGUUUGACUGACUGAGAGACAUCUUGGUUCUUCAUGCUGGUGGUGGGACCGCCAUGCUUUAGGGAAACACAGAAUCUUUCAAGGUUAAGGGUCAGCUGCUCAUAGUUACUUGUUCAAAACGCCUUUUACCCCUGAGCCUGCUGUGUGUGUGUGUGUGUGUGUGUGUGUGUGUGUGUGUGUGUGUGUGUGUGUGUGUGUGUGUGUGUGUGUGUGUGUGUGUGUGUGUGUGUGUGUGUGUGUGUACACCUCUGCAGUCCGGUUGCCUAUAACAGCCACCGGCGCUGGAGGUUCCGCCAGAGGGCCGAGCCCGUUUGGUUCCUCAACGGCCCGUUUGGGCCUGUCAUCACUGACUUACCCCCAGUCACCCUGACCAGAACACACUCCCUUUGGCCCGUUUGGGCCCGUCAUCACUGACUUACCCCCCAGUCACCCCCUGACCGGAACACACUUCCACUCCAAGACAGUACUUUACUCAAGCAAUACACAGUCCGUCUAAGCUAGCUUCCUUCAACCAAGAGAUGCAACGCUGCAGUCCACUUUACUGUAAACGCCACAAUAUUGCCUCCGCCACUGGGAGCCCCAGCAGCCCCAGGGUCAAGGGGUCAGGGGUCAGGGUGUAGAUGUAGCCCUCGCCAGGUCGUAGCUGCGCCUGGGACGCAUCCGGGCCGCUUUCGGGCCCGACCCAGCCCGGGUCCGUUCCCCGGGUCAGCUGCCGUCCGGCUCCUCCUAUUUAGAGGUCUUGAUCUUUAUUUUUCACUUGUUUGUGUUUAGCAUUUGAAUGGAAUGUGUGGUUGUAGCAACAGUGUGUAGAACAGUGCGGAGAUGCUCAUAUUUUUCUAUACGUGACCGCAGGUCUCCCGCUGACGACCUGGUCGGCUCCUUUUUUAUACUCCAGUGUUUGACAUAUAGCAGUACAGUAUAUAUAUGAAUAUAUAUAUUGUGCGUAUGUGUGGAUGUAUGAUAUAUGAUAUGAUGUGACUACUAAAGACCUCUCAGCUCAAA